ACAAGUUUCUCAAUUGACCUGAACGUGGACAAACAUUACAGCUGCUUUGAAUUUUCUGGACGAAAUCCAGGUGGCAGUAAGCUCACAACUGAAAACACUUGUCAGGCAGGGCGCAGAUGUUUUGAACGAAUAGUGUGACUAGGGGGCGGUUGAUAAAAAUUCCCCUCAGUUCACUGUUGGGAGUCCAAACCUGUCCCUUUCAUUUCCCUUCCUUUUUAUGAAAACAAAAGAGAGGAAAUCGUGUCACGUCUCAGGAAGCUUUUCAACAGGUUAAGAUAUUCUUCUACUCGCUUGUUUUAAAGUUCCCAGACAAAGUACACGCCCAAACUAUUAAUGAGGUGGGCAUCCCGAAAGAAAAAGUAGCGGCCAUUAGGUAACAAAAGGUUAGUCUAGUAGGCUGUGGGUUUUUGGCGAGUCAUUUUUGCUGUAUCAUGUUUCGUAACAGCCGCGAAAAAAUCGAAAGAGCUCAGCAAAAAUCAUGUCAAAAUGACCAACGGAUUUUCAAACAGUUCUGUGAAAACACCUCAAUUCAUGGACUGAAAUAUUUGUUUGAAGAUGGAAGUAGGUUAAUCGAAAGAUGCGCUUGGUUACUGGUGUUUUUAUCCGGUAUCUGCUUCUCGGGUUACUUCUGUUGGCAAAUGUGGGAAAAAUGGAAACAAUCUCCUGUACUGACAUCCGUGGAAACGCAACUCUACCCGCUUAGUAAUAUUUUCUUCCCAGCGGUUACAGUGUGCAACGUCAACAAAGUUUCGAAGAUAAAGCUCCAGGAUGCACUGAGAAAUCCCAAGUAUGCAAAUGUUUCAUAUUCCGAAAUGCAGUCUACCCUAAGGUACAUGACAAAACUAGACCGCGCAAUCAAUAACGAAAGGCCACUAAAAGAGCUGAACCAGUUUUACAAGUCGCGGAACAUCUCUGCACUUGAUUUAUUCAAGAUCUUGGAAGAGACGGCACCUUCUUGCUCGGACAUGGUCAUGGAUUGUAAUUGGUUGGGACUUACGAAACCGUGCAUGGAAUUCUUUUCGUUUUUACCUACUGAUGAUGGAAUGUGCUGUACGUUUAACAGUGCAAAAUAUUUCGAUCCAAUGCUAGGCAUUCAAUCAAGUGCAAGUGAACCUUUACGAGUCAACGGUAACGGGUACCGAAUGGGGCUGAAUUUGGUUAUCGAUGCCAAUGUAGACGACUAUAGUGUCACUACCGGAAAAUUCGACGGUUUUAAAAUAUUAGUGCACGCACCAGAGGAAUUUCCUGACGUAGCUGACAGGGGAUUUGUGAUAGGUCCUGGUACCGAAACAUUUGUUGCUGUUAAAGGUACUACGUCCUUCAAUACCGAAGAGGUCGCGAGGGAAGUCGCCCCAGAUCAGCGCCAGUGCCUGGUGGAAGGUGAAAAGAAAUUGAAAUAUUUCCAGCAUUAUAGCCGGUCUGCUUGUAUGGUCGAGUGUGCUACGCGAAUAAUGCACGACAAUUGCCAAUGUCGUCCAUACUUUUUAAGAGGAGGCAAUACAUCCCGUUUGUGUGAAUUUACAUCAUACACAUGCAUAUCCAACGUUUAUGAGGAUGUUCGUGCACGGGGAGAUAAAAUCUGCGACUGUUUGCCACCCUGUGCGGAUAUUAGGUACGACCCGGAAGUAUCAUACGCAUCCUUCCCUGGUCGCGGAUUUAACCUGACACGCACCUUCAAACGCCUAGUACAAGAACGAAACCUGAGCGCUGGUACGGAUGGAACGGAAUAUUUCAAGACUAAUGUGGCAAUGUUCCAUGUUUAUUACAAAGAAAAGACAGGAAUGCGCUACAGAACCGACAUCCGCUUUGGAAUUGAGGACUUUAUUUCGGCCAUGGGUGGACUUCUGGGCCUUGGCCUAGGCAUGAGCUUCAUUAGCGUGAUCGAACUAGUCUACUUUUUCAUUGUUCGCCGCUUUUUCUUGCAACAUCGGAUUCCUUCAGACCAGACGUUAAAAAGUUCACAUUCGCCUAAUUCUGAUGAAGUAAGAAAAGUGUGGCCUUCCUCCCAAACACUAUCGUCGGUCAUGACUACCAUGGAACCAAACGUAGAUGGACAACGCGGCCUGCAACUAGUUCGACGGGGUUCACUUAACUUACCUGCGCAUAUGCAGGCACGCUUUUACAAAUAUUGAUGACUUUCCGUUUCUGGUUGAAAAAAAUCAACCAUUGUUGUGCACUGAAAAAAUAAAUAAUCUUCUUCCAUUAGAGCAAAAAGCCAAUGGCUUUGUUGGGAAGUGCCAUAAUGAUUAGAACCAAAAAAAGGAACGCCGUUUGACCCACCUUUUUAAAAUUUUUAUUCCAAACAACUGCUGUUUUCUAGUUAACCAUUUAUUUCGAUAAUCUAUAGAAAACUUGUAAUGCCAUCUAACAUUCAAAUUAAUAGUUGAAGGAUGGAUUUGAAUAGACCUUGCACCCAAAGAA